AGUAAAAGAAUUGUUUGUUUUGCAGGUUGUGUUUUCAAAUUUAGAGGAAUUGGACUUGUCUGGGAUUAAAAUAAAUCAGUUGUGGAUAACAUCUUCCUACACUGUGACUUCUCAAGAAAUCUUGAAUUUCAGAACGCUUAAAAAUCUACAAAUUUAUGAUUGUAGCAGCUUAGAAUACCUUUUUACCCGUUCCAUGGUAUCAGGCCUUGGGCACCUCAAGGACUUGUAUGUGUCACUCUGUAGAGAUUUGAAACAAGUGAUUAUGGUGAAAGGAGUUGAGGAGGUAGUGAACACAGAGUUGAUAUUCCCACGGCUAAACUCCAUUGAGCUACGUUCUUGUGAACUGUUGUCAAGUUUCUAUGCUGGAAGUUCUGCACUUAAGUUCCAAUCGGCCAUAAAAAUUACCAUAGAUGAUUGCCUAAACAUGAUUACAUUUGCUUCUACAUUUUCAACAGAGCAAGAGAAAGAGACAGCUUAUCGAGAAACUGAGGGACACCUUGGAAAGAAAGAACCUGAUAUUCGGAGUCGGAUUAUAUUCUUUGAUACGGUUGUGUUUUCAAAUUUAGAGGAAUUGAACUUGUAUGGGAUUAAAAUAAAUCAGUUGUGGAUAACAUCUUCUUACACUGUGACUUCUCAAGAAAUCUUGAAUUUUAGAAAGCUUAAAAGACUACGAAUUUGUUAUUGUAACAGUUUAGAAUACCUUUUUACCCCUUCCAUGGUAUCAAGCCUUGGGCACCUCGAGGACUUGUCUGUAUCAAGCUGUAAAGAUUUGAAACAAGUGAUUAUGGUAAAAGGAGUUGAGGAGGUAGUGAACACAGAGUUGAUAUUCCCAUGGCUAAACUUCAUUUCGCUAUAUUAUUGUGACAAGUUGUCAAGUUUCUAUGCUGGAAGUUCUGCACUCAAGUUCCAAUCGGUCAUAAAAAUUAGGAUAGAAGGCUGUCCAAACAUGAUUACAUUUGCUUCUACAUUUUCAACAGAGCAAGAGAAAGAGACGACUUAUCGAGGAACUGAGGGACACCUUGGAAAGAAAGAACUUGAUAUUCGUAGUCAGACUAUCUUCUUUGAUACGGUUGACAUUCCUCUCUUGGAUGACUUGUAUCUGGGCUCCAUUUCUGUACAGCAAAUAUGGCACAGCCAAAUUACAUUAAUGUCCUCAUUUGUUCAAAACUUGAGGAAAUUGAAAGUGUGGUGCUGUAAUAAUUUGAAAUAUCUCUUCACAUCAUCAAUGGUUAAAAGUUUUGAGCAACUUGAAGUACUCAAGAUUGAGGAGUGUAAGGAGAUGCAAGUGGUAAUAUUGAUAGAAGAAUUGGUAGAAAAAGAAAAGACAAGCCAGACAAUGUUUCCCAAACUAGACAGAUUAGAGCUCCGUUACCUUCCACAACUCGUAAGAUUUUGCUCCAAUUGCAAUUCUUUUGGAGAAGUAUAUGAAGCUCAAGGACUCAGUGGUAGUGGAUCACAAGUGGUUGCAGCCGCACAAUCAAAGUUGGUGGAAAGAGAAGUCACUCAGCUUGUAUUUCCUCGAGUAACAUACCUGAAACUUAGUCGUCUACCCAAUUUCAAGGGUUUCUUCCCUAAAAUCCACAUCACAAAAUGGCCAUUGUUGAAAAGAAUGAUUGUGGAACAAUGUGACAAGGUGAAGACAUUUGCUUCAGAAUUUCCAAGCAUUGAAAUAACGGAUGGAGACAACCAACUUGAAAGGCAAACCCAAGAUCCUAUGUUUUGGAUUGGCAAGGAUUCAUUCUCCUGUCUAGAAGAACUAAAAUUUCAACAGAAUGACAACAUGAAGAGAAUUAAUGGGUUAAUGCAUCUUUGGAAGCAAGAAUCUGACCUCAAAUUGAUUUUCUACAACUUGAGAAGUCUAGAGGUGCUUGAGUGUAUCAAAUUGGUGAAUUUAGUGCCAUCAGUUGUAUCUUUUGUGAACCUGCAGACUCUAGAAAUAUCAAAAUGUCAUGGACUUGAAAAUUUAGUGAGUUACUCAACUGCCAAAAGCUUGGAACAGCUGGAAAGAAUGAGCAUAACUGAUUGUGACUUGGUGGAAGAAAUUGUCAAAUGCUUGGAAGAUAAUGUGAAGGAUGGCAUUGUCUUUAGCCAACUCAAGUCUUUGCAACUUCGCGGUCUUCCCAAACUUUCAAGCUUUUGCACAAUGAGGUGUGACUUUGAGUUCCCAUCUUUGAAAGAAGCAAUUGUGAUAGGAUGUCCACAGAUGAAAUAUUUUUCCAUGGGAAAGACAAUAACAAAAGAAUUACGAAAUGUUCAAUGGACAGAUGAUGAAGAGAAAAGACACUGGGCAAGCGAUCUUGACAGCACAAUACAGGACUUAUCACUCAAAAGGUACCCACAUUAAUUCAAAUGAAUUCCUUGUGUUUUUUGAUCAUUAUAUAUUAAGUCUUCAUUACUUAAUGUUACUAGAUCUAGUGAAAUAGAAGAACAUGUUAAUAUAAUAUAAUUUCAGAA